GAAGACUAUCUCAUUGUCGACGUGCGCGACCAGGACUGGGCUGGCGGGAAUAUCAAGGGAUCUUACCAUGUCCCUUCGGAGAGCUUCUUGAAUGGGGUGGACAAGCUCAUCAAGGACACCAAGGAUAUUCCGACGGAUGGUCUUCCAUUGUCAGCUGAGCCAGCAGCGGGACCAAAGGCAGCCAGAAUCUAUGAAGAGACGCGAAACAUCAUUCAUAAACCGAGUGACGGGCAGUACUUCGAGGCACUUGUCCUUAGAGGAGGGUUCCUCCAUUUCGGCGAAAAAUACAAGGAUGAUCCAAGGCUCGUGGAGAAUUGGAAGAACGUCAUAUGGUAGGCGAUGUGGCCGCAUGUACAUACCGGGCUAGUGUUAGAAAGUUGAGACCGCCUGCCCGGCGUCGUAUGGUUUACAUGGUCAGAAUGAAGGAGUCCGUGCGUCCAAGACUACAGCUGCUGAUUAUCGGAGCUAGCGGUUUCCUUCAAUCUUAUGAAAUAUUUGGGCCCUCUUUGACAAUUCCUGCGACUUCGCGCUGCUCAAGUUGCAGGUUCCUUUGGCCGAUCACCCCAGGGGCGCACAGAAUGCAUGUGAGUCAUGAAGGACAUGAUCUGGCAACACGACGCCUAGCACGAUCCUAGUGAUAUAACCACGAAGGUCCCCACUGCCCAGUUGGAAGCUACCAAGGGAUCUUUUGAAAUACGUGGUCAACCACAUGUGUAUGUGAGAAAACACGUGCUCGCGUUCAAGAUACACAGCUCUUAUUACCCCUAUGUCCGUACCGCUCGCGAUCCCAGCCAGUAAGAUUUGCCCUACGCAAGGGAUGU